GAGUCGCGAUUUUCGCCGUCUUCAUCUCAUUGUCGCCGGAGCGUGUUUUGUUCACCAUUGUCGCCAUUUUCGCCAUUUUCAUUCUAGCAUUGUCGCCCGUUAUCAUCGCAUUCUCCAUCAGAAAUGGCUCGUGAACCUACACUGGCUGAGGAUCUUAGAGAAACAAAAAGAAGAAGAAGAGAGUACCGGACAGCAGCAAUUCUAGAUUCACAAGCAGCUCAGAGCUCUAAUCCAACUAGUGAACAACCAGCAGCAGCCCUAAAUUCACAAGCAGCUCAGCGCUCACGCCCUGCUAAGGAAACAACUGUUGCAGAGACUUCAACGAGACGGCGCCGACGAACUAGAGAACACAGGAGAGAUUACUUCAAUACGAGGAUGGGGCCAAAGCUGAUGUUUGAUCUUGUCCAGAGGCUCUCACCACGACAGAAACAAGCUGUCGUAGAAACUGGAUUUGGUGGACUUCUUCAUCUCCAACUCUGCACCAAUGAAUCAAAGUUGGUGCAAUACCUGCUGGACAACUUUAAUGUUUGCAGGUGUGAUUUUGUAUUAGAGGAUGAUAGUCUCCAUAUUGAAGAGGAAGAUGUCGAAUACACGUUGGGAAUCCCGCGAGGGCCUCUGAAGGUCAAUGAGGGGACAAAGAUGGAAGACACCUCAACCCGUGAAUACAAACUGCUGCUGACUUCAUGGAGAAGGAGGUGGGGUAUUACAGCAGGCUCGCCAAUAACUACACAGAUGCCAGAUGAGAUUGUUAGGAGAGCUGAUCAUGGUGAUGAGUUCAAGAGGGAUUUCGUAGUCUUUGCCGUUUCCUCCAUGCUUCGAGGAAACACAACACGCUACUCCAAGUACAGGAUCUUAAACUCAUUGAUUGAUGUUGAUAUGAUUAAAGAGUACAAUUGGUGCGCCUACACAUACCAAUCUCUCAUUGACUCGAUAGAUAGUUACAAUGAAGAUAGAAAGAGAAGCUUUUGGGGGCCAAUGACAUUGAUAUUGCUGUUCUACUUUGAUCGAGUAGAAUUCAAAGGAAUGAAGAUCAACAGAACAUACCGUAGCAUACUUGCUUGGACAACCACGCUUGUAAGAAAGAGAGUCAAGGCUGAAAAAAGGGCUGGUGGGUUUGGAAAAGGAAGGGUUAUCCCUAGAGUUAAGAAGCCAAGGACUGAUGCUACCACCUCACUGCAACAACCUGCAAGCACUGCUGCUGCUACAACCUCACUACCACAACCUGCAUUUACUGCUGCUGCUACUACUUCUUCUACUCCUGCUACUGCAACACCGACACCAACUACAAGUGAGCCACUCUCAAGUGUUGAUCGGGUGACCCGUGUGCUCCAAAAGCUAGCAUCAGAUGUCCUGGAGUUUGGUGAAGCUAUGUCUGAAAUUGGAAAGCAUGGCGCACCUAUUGAAGUCAUGAAGAAAGCGUUCUCAGGGAUAUCAAACAUGCUAGGUGCUGCAAGCGCAAUUGAAUCAACUUCCAUUCCAACUGAAUCUCAGUUGGAUGACAUAUUCUUUGGGAGUGAAACCUUCACCGCUGCAGUGGAUUCAUUGGUGGAAGCAUUUCAGAAGACAACAAGAACCAUGGAAUUUGAAGCUCCAUCAUUUGAUUUGGGAAUACACUGCAAUGAAUCGCAACCACAGCCAUGUGAGCAACACACAGAGCAAGACUGUCAACGACCUUGGGAGCACAAGUAA